GCCAGGACGAAGCGAGAGCGAUGACCGACGCAGCACCGGGCAGCAGCAUGACCCCCAAGCAGCGCUUCCGGACGAUCGGCGCUUCCCGCGGCCAUGAGCUCACGAAGCUCAAGUACGACAUGCAGACCUUGGAGAACGAGCUCAAGAAGCAAGGGCGCGCGCUAGACGAGUCGCGGGAAGAGGCCCAGCUGGCAGCACGCAUCGGAAAGCGUCUCCUUGUCUCCAAGAAGAAGGCCGAAGACGACGAGAAGAUGCGUGUCUACGAACUUGAGAAGCGAUGCGAAGAUGCUAUGAUGGAGGCCAAGGCAUGGGAGACGCGAUACACGGACAGCAAGCGAGCGUUUGCGGCCCUCGACGCCAAGUAUGUCAAGGCGACGCUCGAGCUCGGAACGCUACGAGACGAGCACAGCCAGCUUGUCGUGGACCAUCGAACGCUUCGCGCAGAAUGCAAGAUUUUGCAAAGCGAGCGCGACUCGCGUGCGAUCAUCGAGACCGCGCACGGGCUCGAUUGGCAAGCUCAAGACGGAAAACGAGAGCUGCGCACCAACAACGAAAGACUACGCGACGACAUUGCUUCCUGUCGUGCUCAAAUCAACGAGCAUCAUGCUCGCGUCGAGCUCUAUGAGCGCCAUAUUGCGACGCUCAACUCGUCGUUUAUGAGCUUGGAAACCAAGCACUGCUUGAUGCUGCCGCGAUAUCGGCUCUUGUGCGAAGACCAUAUCAAGCUGACCGAUUUUCUCCAAGUCAAAAUCGCCGAGUGUGAGUCGAGUACCGCAAAGGCGCAUGAUCUGGCAAGCGUGCUGGGCACACUCAUGGAUGAGCUCGAUCUUGCGAAGAGCCAACUGGAUGAGGAACGGACGGCCAAGCAGCAAUUGCUCUUGCACAUCAAUACGCACGCGUGGCUGCGCAAACUACCGCCUAACGUCCUCAAGGUCAACGACGAAGCGGACCGCGCCGUGUUGGACGAGUUUCGAGCGCUUGUCGCCUUCGAGGCGCGCAUCGUGCAGCAGCUCAUUGUGCUACUGCAAGGAAGCAUUGAUGGCCUCGCGUAG